CGCAGACUUGCCAGUCGUCAACCACAACAGCACACACAUACGAAUGCAUGAGAGUAAAAACAAGUGAAGCCAGAAGGAUAUCAACAGAUACUCGAGCUACCCUACAUCACUUACAUCGGAGACGGAAUAACAGCAAGCCGGCGAACCGUCAGGGUCCAAUAAUCUCAGACGCGUUCCAUACAGCCAGACGACAGACAACCGUGUGUCGCGUUUGCCCAUGAUCCAUUCGUCACUGGCAGCCGAAUCGCUUCUCCCUACUCCAUUCGCGUGUCUCGGCCCCCCGCCUGCAGACGAACGACAUCCUUCGCGACAAUGCACAAAACUCCAAAACAAGGACCUGCAUGACCCGCCAUGGUCCACCCGGGAGGCGUCGCGUGCCGAUACCGCUUGAACGCCCGCCCGCCCACUACUUAGCUGUUAGCUCCACAGCCUGGCCGAAGGCCUGCCAGUAAUACGUUCUGAGCCUUCCUGAGGCCAUGCCUGGCUAUGAUGCCAGACAGCCAAGUUGCGUAAAGCUGGCUUCGAUACGAAGCACCAUGUCCCAAUGACCUCUAGCGUACGCCAAAAGCCCGCAGGUCAAGGCUCGCAGACUUGCGAGUUAGAGCUGUAAGCUUGCUCGCCUGAUUCAUGUCAAUUUGGCCUAGGAGACUCAGCCAGCCCGUCCCAAGGUCGUGGGACCAAUGCUGGAAUGGAAGCAGAUUGGAGGUUGCAGGGUUGGCACCCCUCCCGAUGAACCGACAUCUGGAAUCCGUCGACAGCCCGAGCUUCCUGACCUUACCAACAUUACACGCUAGACUCUCGAGGUGGGGUUGAGACACAAAACAUCGACGACUCUUGGAGCAAGCGCAAAGCGAAACAUUCUUCGCGAAGCCACACACAAUCCCCCGCCUCAGCCUUUGGCUCAGCAUGGCACUCGACGUCUUACCAGGCCAUUGGUCGGGUCGAUCCGGCGUCGCGGUGCAGCAGAAACACGAAGGAAAGCCCAACCGCGAAUCACUCACGCGUCCGCCGCCGAGUUAUAAAUGUUGUCAGGUCGCCCUGGCCAAUGCCUCUCUUCCCUCCUCAGCAACCCACUAACCGGCCCAGCUUCCAGUCGCUCGCUUCAGGAUCCCCAGGACCUGCCAUUCAUUACUGUUCUUACCUUAGUCAUUCCUUCGGAGUAGUCCAAAACACAACCAUGCAACUGUCGAGUCUUCUCCUUACCAUCGGGGCCAGCUCCCUGGCCCUGGCCGGUAACCCCUACCCCAAUGCCACCAUCACGGAGAAGCCCAACACCAUCACCGAGACCGUCACCAGCACUCACAUUGGCACCAUCACGACCUGCCCACCUGAUGUUCACGACUGUCCCAUCGGCAAGAAGUGGACCAAGGUCGUGACCCACACCAAGGAGUACUGCCCGGAGAAGGAGGAGGAGGAGAAGCACAAGCACAAGAAGAUCGUCUGCCACGGCGACUGGUGCGCGCCCGAGGAGCACUGUGACAAGUGCGAGCAUCACCGCGUUGUCUGCGAGGACGACCACUGCCGCGCCGAGCCCUGCGGCAAGGACGACGACCACCACAAGCUCGUCGUCUGCAACGGCAAGGAGUGCCACUACCGCAAGUGUAACGGCGAGGAGUGCAGGCGCAAGAUUGUCUGCCACGACGGCAAGUGUGUCUUCCCCAAGUGCCACGGUCACGAGUGCGAGAAGAAGUGGGCUUGCCACGACGACAAGUGCAAGUUCGAGGAGUGCGAUGGUGAGGACUGCGGCAAGAAGGUUAUUUGCAAGGACGACGACUGCAAGCCUGAGGAGCCUUGCCACCACUGCCCCGCCCCUCACCACCCCAAGCCCGAGCCUUACCCUCAGCCUCACCCAGAGCCCACCUCGGCGCCGCAUUACCGUCCUACCGGCUUCACUGAGUCGCCCAAGCAAUACCCUUCCCACACCCGUGUGGCCAACAACACCGUCCCUGUCCAGGCCGGCUCGGACAAGAAGACGGUUGCCCUCAACCUUCUUGGUGCUGCCGCUGGUCUGGCGUUUAUGCUGUAGAGGUAGCGAAGCGCAUUGCCUGAAAUAAGAUGGGACUGUGGAUAAACGGCUCACCGUGGAGCAUUGGGUCUGCCUGGGUACUUGACUUUACAGGGUAACGGAGUUGGGAAUCGUUCAUACGCAUGGUUGUCAUUUGCUUGUAUCGACAUAUUGUUUAUUGACCCCGGAAACUUUGUUGGGCUGGGCGGUUCGCGUAGUAGUUAGGAAAUGCAUCUAUCCCUU